CACGCCAGCAACUGUGGUGACACAGUCGAGCCAAGCACUGUGUGGCUGAACUGAGAGAAGAGCAUUGUGGUCUGAGGAAACCUUUUCAAAAUAGCAACAUGCAAAUAGAAAUCAGGUGUGUCUGAAGAUGGAAAACCUCACGCCUGAACAAUGGCGCGAGAUUGUGAACAAAAAGUUUCGCUUCCCUCCGGAGCUCCUCGGCGCCAUCCGAGAGGGGAACAUAAACAUGGUUUCUUCAUUGCUGAAGACAGGUGACGGUAUCAUCCGUCAGCUGGAUGACUCUGAGGACAGGCAAUGGAGAGAAUCGCUGAACUUGUCCAUCCGACUGGGCAAUGAGGACACCAUGGACACCCUUCUCCAAGGGGUCAAGUUUGACUUCCGGCAGAUUCACGAAGCUCUUCUGGUGGCAGUGGACACCAACCAGCCUCGUGUGGUCAAGCGCCUCCUGGACCGGCUGGAUCUAGAGAAGGGAAACAAGAUGGAUGUGCGCUCUUUCUCUAUGGCCAUUUUUGACCACUCCAUUGAUGAUUCCCAGUUUGCACCUGGAGUGACACCAUUGACACUGGCCUGUCAGAAGGAUCUAUAUGAAAUUGUAACAAUGCUCAAUCAGAAAGGUCACGAAAUUCCUUGGCCUCAUAAAAUCUCAUGCGCAUGUCUGGAGUGCACAAACGGACGGCAAUACGAUUUGCUCAAGUUCUCGUUGUCCCGUAUCAACACCUACCGAGGUAUUGCCAGCCGUGCUUACCUGUCCAUCACCGCAGAAGAUGCCAUGCUCAGUGCCUUUCGACUCAGCCGGGAUCUCCGCAAGCUGUCUAAGAAGGAACCUGAGUUUAAGCCUCAGUAUCUUAGCCUUGAGCAGGUGUGUCAGGAGUUUGCUGUGGAGCUGCUUGGAAUGUGCCGGAACCAAAGCGAGGUCACCACCAUCCUGAACAGCUGUGGGAAUCUGGAUGAGGGCAGCGAGGAUGAGCUGGACCAGCAGGCGUUUGAGGAGGGCAUUCCAAACCUUGCUCGCUUAAGGCUUGCCGUCAACUACAAUCAAAAACAAUUUGUAGCCCACCCGAUCUGCCAGCAGGUGCUCUCCUCCAUCUGGUGUGGGAGCCUUUCAGGUUGGAGGGGCAGCAGAACGGCAUGGAAGAUUCUUGUGUCUUUGGGGAUCUUCUUGACCAUGCCUAUCCUUUGCCUUAUCUACUGGCUCGCACCAAAGUCAAAGUUGGGGAAGAUUCUAAAGAUCCCAGUGAUUAAAUUCCUCCUCCAUUCGGCUUCAUAUAUGUGGUUCCUGAUCACGCUAUUGGGGGAAUCCAUUGCUAUGGAGGUGUAUCGGGACAGCUUUGCCUCUCGUCAGCACACCAUCCUGCACAGCUCCUUCCACAUGGUCUGGGUGGUUGGUUUUUUCUGGUUCGAGUGUAAGGAGGUUUGGAUCGAAGGCUUGAAGAGUUACUUCCUGGACUGGUGGAACUGUCUGGAUGUGAUGGUUCUUAGCAUGUACCUGGCUUCAUUCGCCCUGAGAGUGGUCAUCAUGCUCAAGGUCCACUUCCUCUGCCAGUUACCCGACAACCAGGAUGAGUGUGUCUACUUUAACGGCACUUUGCGUGAUGAGUGGCAUCAGGAGGAUCCCCAGUUCAUCGCUGAGGUGCUGUUUGCAGUGACCAGCAUGCUGAGUUUCACUCGCUUGGCCUACAUCCUGCCAGCACACGAGUCUCUAGGUACCCUGCAGAUCUCCAUUGGAAAGAUGAUUGACGACAUGAUGAGAUUUAUGUUCAUUUUGGUGAUCAUUGGAACCGCCUUCCUGUGUGGCAUCAACAAUGUCUAUGUCCCAUUUAUGAUCUCCCCUAAUCUCGGAAGAUUAAAUGAAACCUUCAGCUUCCUCUUCUGGACAAUGUUUGGUAUGGCCGACCAGACCUAUGUGGACAUGCCUGAGUUUGUUUUGGCCGAGUUUGUUGGAAGAAUCCUUUAUGGCAUCUACACACUGAUCAUUGUCAUUGUACUUCUAAACAUGCUCAUUGCCAUGAUCACCAACUCUUUUCAGAAAAUUGAGGAUGAUGCUGAUGUAGAGUGGAAAUUCGCCCGUUCAAAGCUCUACCUGAGUUACUUCAGAGAAGGACUGACUAUGCCUGUCCCCUUCAACAUCAUCCCCUCUCCAAAGGCCUUUUUCUAUCUUUUAAGAGGAAUCGUCAGACGGAUCUGCUGCUGCUGCUUCAACUGUAACUCUGCUCCAGACUAUCCUCCACUCACAUCUAUGGAUGACAAGGGCUCAGGGGAGAACCGGAUUCCCUACAGACAGCAGGUCAUUCGUGCUCUGGUUCAGCGCUAUAUCGAAUCUGCCAGGAGAGAGUUUGAAGAGGCCAAACGCAAAGACGUUGGGAACAGGAUCACAGAGCUGAGUAAAGUGAUCGGCCAGCUACACGCUGAAAUGAAGCAGAUUCACACGACCAUGUUUGACUACUCAGACAACACCAUAGCAGACCCAUCAGGAGGCUCUUCUUUCUUGGGAAAGUACAUCCUCGGAGCCAAAAACAACUUCAAGGGCUUCAACAACAACGAGAGAAAGACUGCUCCAUUUCAUGAGCCCGUACACCAUGAAGAACCAGCGGAGACUGUAGAAGAGAAGGAAGAAGAGACUGUAGACGUGCAGGAGUCAACGACCACUGACACGGAGGCAGACAGGAAGUCAAAUGAAGAGCAAAGCAGUGAGGGAGAAAUAGAUAAUGCUGUGGAUGACAUGAAUGGGACAGAGGAGGGAGGAAAUGAGACAGGAAUUGAUGAUGUCAUUGAGAUUAGCAUGGAGGAGAAGGAGGAGGAGGAGGAGGAGGGCGCUGAAAAGAAUACAGAUACAGAGAAUACAAGUGAGACAGUCAUAGAUAUAGAGUCCAAUUCAGACAUUGAGAGUGAAGCCAGUGGAAAAAGAGAAGAUGAGGUGAUAUCAGAGACAGCCGAAGAUAAUAGAGAGGAAUUGAAUACAGAUGAGGCAACAGGUGGAUCAGAUCUAAAUGAAGCGGAGACAGAGGAAAAUGGAGAAGUUGAGGAAAAUAAUGGAAUGAUAGAAGAUAUAAAUGAGGACAUUAAGUUUGAUCUGAGUCAGACAAACCUAGUGAGUUUUUUAGCAAAGAGGAUAGAGGAAAAGCUAGAGAAGAAAAUCCUAAAAGAGACGAAUUUCACUUUCAGUGGAAACCAAGUCUCAUCUCCAACUGGCAGCGAUGAUUCCCAGGACACUGGUUUUGGUUCUCAAGAAUUUGAACCCUCAACUAGUAGCCCUUAAACACAGCAAUACAUUUUUCCAAGAUUAGUUCAAAACAACUAGCUUGUGUGAACCAUAAACCUAGUUGAAAUCAUUUUUUAGUGUUUUAAGAUAAUAAAAUGUGUUAUGUUACAGUGGCCUCAGAAAGUAUUUGGACACAUUUGUCACACUUGAAAUGUCUUAAUGUUAGGUUUAGGGUUACAUUUGAAAACAAAAUAUCAACCCAAGUCGCAUCUGAAAACAAAUGAUGCUAGUGUGUUUAGCUUUUCUCAAAAGUAACUUUUAGUGAACUCCGUUUCACACAGGUUUAGCUCAUCACAUUAUCUAUGAACAUGUUCCACUGAAAAUUUAUAGGCAGAAAGUGUCUGAAUACUAAUAAUUUAGAAUAAUAUAACUAUUGUUUUAUCAUUUGAAAGUUUGUUUCACUUGUUCUGCAAUGCUGUUCAAAAGUUUAGGGUCAGUAAUUUAUUUAUUUUUUUUCGGAAAUCAGCAACGUAUAAUUAAAUUGAUUGAAAAAGUGACAGUAAAACAUUUGCAUUGUUACACACAAAUAUAUUUACAUAUUCCAAAUAAAUGCUGUUCUUUCGACUUUCUGUCCAUCAAAGAAUACUGAAAAAAAUGUAACAUUGUCUCCACAAAAAUAUUUAGUUACAUAUACGCAUUACCAACAUUUUAUCAUGUAGGCUUUUAGACCUCAAACAAAUAAUUGAAUAGUAAUUUAUAGUGUAUAUAUAUAUA